AUGGAGAUUAUGGCCCUAGAUUUGGAGGAGUUGAAGGAACAAGUUGGUGUAAAUCAUGGAGAGGGAGACAAGAUUGAAAUAUCUUGCCGAAAGAAUCUAAUUGAUACAUUCAAAAAUCUCAUAAAGCAAGGCGCGUUUAAAGAGUUCCGAACUUUUGGCGUGAAUGAGAAUUCAGGAUCGGUGAGACUUCGAAAUGACUUCAGAAUUACACUUAACUAUUGUUCUCAAAUUAGUGACUCCGAUGAGUCUGCUAUACCUGAGCAUGGACUAAAUUUGGUUUCCUUUGAUGAUAUUUUAUCAAAAAAGAUUCCAAUUGUCCACUACAUUGAUUUUAUGGGAGAAGUAACAACUUACAGUCCUAUUACUAUAAAUGAUAAUUUGAGAUUUAUGACUUUGGAAUUGAUUGAUUUAGAGCAUAGAACUAUAACGUAUGUAAUAUGGGGCAUGUAUGCGGAUCAAUUUACAGCUUAUGCAUCUAUCAAUGGAGAAAAGGGUCCAAUUAUAAUUGGGGUUCAGUUAGGACAAAGAAUUAGUUAUCAAGUUGAAAUUCGAGAUUUCUCAGAGUGGAUAUUAAAUAUUGGGGAUGGGGAGGCGGGAGAGCCUAAUGAUGGGGAGGCGGGAGAGCCUAAUGAUGGGGAGGGUUGUGUAGAAAUUUCUGACGAUAUACUGAUUGAUGGAGGAGAUGACCCUAUCGCGGCCGUAGUCGAUAACACAUAUCCUGACCUAGAAGUUCAUUUAUGGGAAGCAACUUAUUUCCAAGAGAGAGCUAUACUUGCGCCAACACAUGACAUAGUUGAGACGGUUAACGAUCAUGUGUUGUCCCAAUUGCCUGGUGAAGAAAGAACUUACCUUAGUUUUGAUACAAUUUCAAAAGAAGAGCAAACUUUGGAGUACAUGAAGUAUAUUCAAACGAAUUUCUUAAUACAAUCAAAUGCCCUGGGUUUAGCAAAUCAUAGUGUGAGACUAAAGGUUGGGGCACCGAUAAUGCUUCUCAGGAAUAUUGACUAA